CGUCAUUAUCUUAUCUCUGAUUAAAACUAGAGGACACGAGAUUUUACUCUUCUUUCAGAAGAUAAAAGGUCUAUUAAGUGACAUCGUUAUAUUUCAACCAAAAGCUUAGUUUCGACAUGUAUACAUUAUUUGCACUAACGUUUCUUGGAGCAAUAGGUAUUGCUCUCAGUGUAAGAUGUCACGUGACCUUUGACGACAAAGAGCUUCAUUGUGGAGAUUCAACAAACAUGACUUGUUCAUCAAACAACUACAUACCUUAUUGUCAUCAAGUAAGCACCGACCCAAAUGUACAAAAUAACGGAAUUUGCUCGUGUGAGAAAUUUUGUUUUGUGGACGAUGAGUGUGGUAAAGGAUGCGGAACGAAAUUUGUUGGCAAAUGCGUAGAAGUCUAUCCCGGUAGUAUAGAGAAAAUAUGCUUAUGCAAAAGCAGAGUAUAGAGUACAAGACUCUUAAACUAUUGUUAUUCCUUACCUGUUUUGAUUAAUAAAGAAUGAAAUUGACAGACCCAGUAAAAUUUACACAAGA